UUACAUGUUGAGUUUAUACUUUGGUUAUGUGUGUGUGUGUAAGUAAAUCGUUUUUCUCUCUCUUCCAGGUACCAGGGGCCCAGGAGUUGGUCGACUUCUCUCCAGUGUACCGAUGCCUCCACAUCUAUACCGUUCUGGGUUCCCGGGAGCAGUUCGAGAACUACUACAGGAAUCAGAGAAGGAAACAGGCUCGCCUCGUACUGCAACCCCACUCUAACAUGCACGAAACCUUGGAAGGAUACAGAAGGUACUUCAAUCAAAUAGUAGGGUUUUUCGUGGUAGAGGACCAUAUUCUCCACACUACCCAGGGCUUGGUGAACAGGGCCUAUGUAGAAGAGCUGUGGGAGCUAGCUCUGUCCAAGACCAUCGCUGCCCUGCGCACACACUCCUCGUACUGUACUGACCCAGAUCUGGUGUUGGAUCUGAAGAAUCUCAUUGUGCUGCUGGCAGACACACUGCAGGGCUUUGGGUUCCCAGUGUCUCAGCUGUUUGAUAUGAUGUUUGAGAUGAGAGAGCAGUAUGGAGAGAUAUUACUGAAGAAAUGGAACCUCGCAUUCAGGCAGGUGUUGGACCAGGAUAACUUUAGUCCCAUCCCCGUGGCAACAGAGGAGGAAUACAGACAGUUCACUUCCCAGUUCCCCUUCCAAGAUCCUGAACUGGACAAGCUUCCGUUCCCUAAAAAGCUUCCGUUCUCUGAGUUUGUUCCUCAAAUCUACUCUCAGCUCAAAGAGUUUGUCUACGCCUGCCUCAAGUAUUAUGAAGACCUUCACCUCAGCUCUACAGAGAUUGAUGAUGUCAUCCGCAAGUCGACCAACCUGCUGUUAACCAGAACGCUCAGUAACUGUCUACAGUACGCAAUGAAGAAGAAGAACGUAGGACUGGCUGAGCUGGUUCAGGUGAUCAUCAACACGACCCAGCUGGAAGCAUCAUGUGUUUACCUGGAGGAAUUCAUCUCCAACAUCACUAAUGUUCCCCCUGAUACCGCCAACGCUACCAAGCUCUACGGGACGUCCACGUUUAAGGAUGCGAGACAUGCAGCAGAAGAGGAGAUCUACACCAAUCUGAACGCUAAGAUCGACCAGUUCCUUCAGCUGGCAGAUUACGAUUGGACAGCAGCCCAGGGGGGCGGGGCUCCGAGCGACUACCUGAGUGACCUCAUCGCCUUCCUCUGUUCCACUUUCUCUGUCUUCACACACCUGCCGGGUAGUGCCAUAGAACACGCUAGACUGCCGGGUAAGGUAGCCCAGACAGCCUGUAUGUCAGCCUGUAAGCACCUCUCUACCUCUCUGCUCCAGCUGCUGCUGGAGACAGACGUCAGACAGGUGUCUAUGGGAGCUCUGCAGCAGUUCAACACAGACGUCAAGGAGUGUGAGAGGUUUGCCAGAGCGGGGCCGGUACCCGGCUUCCAAGGAGACACGUUGCUGCUCGCCUUCUCUGAUUUGAGACAAGUAAGUCUUUGUCUUUCUUUAUUAUAUCACUCCCUCUCUUUUCUAUUAGCCUCUCUCCUUCUCCAUCUCUCUCUAUAUAUAUAAUCUCUGC